AUGGCGCUCUCUGGCCCGGAGGUGGAGAAGCAGGCGUCGGAGGAGCCCCAGCCCGGCCGUGAGCAGCAGUCCUGGUGGUGCCUGGUGUCCUUCCUCUGCUUCUACGGCUUCAUGGCCCAGAUGCGGCCUGGGGAGAGCUUCAUCACGCCUUACCUCCUGGGCCCCGACAAGAACUUCACGCAGACGCAGGUCACCAACGAGAUCACGCCGGUGCUGUCCUACUCGUACCUGGCCGUGCUGGUGCCUGUCUUCUUGCUGACCGACUACCUCUGCUACAAGCCGGUGCUGUUGCUGCAGGGCCUGAGCUACGUGUCUGUGUGGCUCCUGCUGCUGUUUGGCUCGACGGUGCUGCACAUGCAGUUCAUGGAGUUCUUCUUCAGCAUCACCAUGGCUGCCCGCAUCGCCUACUCCUCCUACAUCUUCUCGCUGGUGCCCCCUGCCCGCUACCAGCGCAUGGCCAGCUACUCGCGGGCCUCGGUGCUGCUGGGCGUCUUCACCAGCUCGGUGCUGGGCCAGCUGCUGGUCACCAUGGGCAGGGUCCCCUUCUCCACGCUCAACUACAUCUCGCUGGCCUUCCUCACGUUCAGCCUGGUGCUGGCGCUCUUCCUGAAGCGCCCCAGGCGCAGCCUCUUCUUCAACCGCGGAGCGCCCGUGCGUGCCGGGGCGGCGCCCUCCGAGCUGGACCAGAUGAACCCGGGCCAGGCGCAGGCCGCGGGCGCGAAGCCGGGCUGGCCGCCGGCCGCCUGGCGGGACUCGACGUUCGUGCGCAUGCUCAGAGAGCUGGGCCGCGUGGUGCAGCUGCCGCAGCUGCGCCUCUGGUCUGUCUGGUGGGUCUUCAACUCCGCCGGCUACUACCUGAUCGUCUACUACGUGCACAUCCUGUGGAACGUGGUCAACCCCACCACGGACACCACCAGGGUCUACAACGGCGGGGCGGACGCCGCCUCCACGCUGCUAGGUGCCCUCACCUCGUUCACUGCGGGCUUCGUGAAGAUCCGCUGGGCGCUGUGGGCCAGGCUGGUCAUCGCGGUGAUGACGCUGCUGCAGGCGGGGCUGGUGUUCCUCAUGUACAAGACUGACAACAUUUGGUUGUGCUACGCGGCCUUCGUGCUCUUCCGCGGCUCCUACCAGUUCCUGGUGCCCAUCGCCACUUUUCAGAUCGCGGCUUCUCUUUCUCAAGAGCUCCGCGCCCUGGUCUUCGGCAUCAACACAUUCCUCGCCACCGUUCUCAAGACCAUCAUCACCCUCAUCGUCUCCGACAAGCGAGGCCUGGGCCUCCCGGUCCACUCUCAGUUCCUCACCUACUUCGUCUACUUCCUGCUGCUCUUCGCCGCCUACUUCCUUGCCGCCGUGCUGGUGGGCCUGCGCCACUUCAAACAGAGCCGCCACCAGCCCCUGCCGCCGGCCCAGGAGCUGGUGAGUCCCGUGCAAGAGAAGGCCACACAGGACAGAGCCCCGCUCCCAGCCCCGGCGGAUGGUGUGCCUGCCGUGUGA